CGUCAGCUAUACCAUGGACUCGUAUGAUGUACGAAACAAGAUGGAGUACCCAGAAGACAUCGACCGAUACAGCGCGAUUGUCAUGACUGGGUCCGCGGCAUCUGCAUAUGAAAAUCUUGAAUGGAUCAACCAGCUUGUGGCAUACAUUGCGUCAGUUGCCGAGACGAAGCCUAAUGUGAAGCUUAUCGGUAUCUGUUUCGGACACCAAAUUAUUGGGCGUGCGCUUGGUGAAGACUGUGUUCCUAACGGUGGGAUUUGGGAGGUGGGCCCUAUUCCAAUACAACUCACCGAGACAAGUAAGGAGCUGUUCGGCGGGCUUCAUGAACUGAAUAUUCAACAAAUGCACCGCGACCACAUACCUGAAGUUCCCGCAUGUUGUGAGCUCCUAGCGUCGUCGCCCAUAUGCAAGAACCAGGGCUUCGUCCGUUACGCUCCUGGUGCAUUAUCGCGGACUCCUAAGGACAUCCAAAUAUUCACGGUCCAGGGACACCCGGAAUUCACUGAGAACAUAGUCAGGAAAAUCAUCGAUGUCCGAUUAUCCACUGGAGUGAUAGACCAGGCGACCGCAGACAGUGCACGACAGCGUGCGAAGUGGAGGAAUGAUGGUGUUGGUGUUAUUGGGAAAGCGAUAUGGCAGAUAUUGGGUGCGACACCUCUGAAGGUUAAUGAAGAUAUGUAAAUAGAAUCCAUUAAUGAAUGUCUGGACGACCGCUUCAGGCAUCAUGGAUCGGUGUUUG